AGGAGCGGAGCGGAAGCGGGACUCUGCGAAAAAAAAAAAAAAAAAAAAGAAGCCAGUCCGCCAUUGUGGAAGAUGGCAGGGGGCGAUAUUCCCGUAAAACGCUCGUCACUUUUCCGUUGACUCACUCCCGCGUUGCUCCCCGUUCGCUCCGACACCACCUCGUUCACGGGCGGAUUUAGUCGUCUAUAAACAGCCACGACGUCGUGUGCUCCCGGUCUCCGCUGCCGCUGCCUAAACGCUCGCGGAGGGAUCGGACAGCCGGAGAAUUGAGGCAGGGAGGCGGGAGGGGAGGGAGAGCGCGCGGCGGAGGAGGAGUGCACACGGGCGGACGGAGAGUGUGCUGAGCAGCCAUCGGCCCCGCUUCCUGGAGGAUGUCUGCGACCACAGUGGACCACCAGCAGGUCGGUGAAGAUUGUGCUAAUACAAUCUUUUUUCCACCAUUCCAGAGACCGAAAGGACAGGGAAAUAAAGUGCAAAACGGAUCAAUGCAUCAAAAGGACGGAGUGAACGACGAUGACUUUGAGCCUUACAUAAGCAGCCAGACAAAUCAGGAUAACAGCUACCCACCCAUGUCUGAUCCCUACAUGCCCAGCUACUACGCGCCGUCCAUCGGAUUCCCGUAUUCUUUGGGAGAGGCCGCCUGGUCCACAGCGGGAGACCCACCCAUGCCCUACCUGACCACUUACGGACAAAUGAGCAAUGGCGAGCCGCACUUCAUCCCCGAUGGCGUGUUCAGCCAGCCGGGCGCCCUGGGCAACACGCCUCCUUUCCUGGGCCAGCACGGUUUCAACUUUUUCCCCAGCAACGCCGACUUUUCCACCUGGGGUACCAGCGUGUCCCAGGGUCAGUCCACGCAGAGCUCCGUCUACAGUAAUAGCUAUGGCUACGCGCCCAGCUCACUGGGCCGUGCCAUUGCCGACGGACAAGCUGGCUUCGGGAGUGAUGCGCAGCUCAGUAAGAUGCCGGUGUUGAACAGCAUCGAGCAGAGCAUGGCGGGGCUCAAACUGGGUACGGACAUGGUCGCGGCCGUCACCAAAACGGUGGGCUCGCCCCUACUGGGCACCGCCGGGAUGAGCAGCAUGGCGGCCAACAAUUUCCCGCCUUCCGCGAGCUCGUCGGCAGGGAAACCGGGCUCGUGGGCGGCCGUGGCCAAGAAGCCGGCCAAGCCGCAACUCAAGGCCAAGCCCAAAGCCAACAUGGGGAUGGUGGGCACCGCCAUCCCUCCGCCGCCCAUAAAGCACAACAUGAACAUUGAUACCUGGGACGACAAGGGCCCCCUGAACAAGUCGCCGCUAGCUCAGACGAUGCUGCCGACGCCGCCUUUGGUGCAGCAGCCUCUUCUGGCCCAGCCGGCGGCCUUGCUGCAGAGCCCUUUGCCCCAUCAGCCUCAACACCAGCACCAACCCUUCCACCUCCAGUCCCUCCAGUCCCCGCAACACCAUCCGCCGCUCCCCCACGGCCCCCUGCACCUCUCCCACCCCGGCCCCCUGCAGGCCCUCCAUCAGCAUCAGCCCCAGCCGCCGGGCCCGCCGCCCAGCCGCUGGGUGGCUCCCAGGAACCGAGGCGACGGCUUCGGCGUGGGCAUCCCCGUGAGCGCCUCGCUGUGCCCGAGCGAAGUGCACCCGGUGCUGGAGAAACUGCGCGCCCUCAACAACUACAACCCCAAAGAGUUUGAGUGGAACUUGAAAAAUGGACGCGUUUUCAUCAUCAAAAGCUAUUCGGAAGACGACAUCCACCGCUCCAUCAAGUACUCCAUCUGGUGCAGCACCGAACACGGCAACAAGCGUCUGGACGGGGCCUACCGCUCGCUGGGCGGCAAGGGGCCCUUGUACCUGCUCUUCAGCGUCAACGGCAGCGGCCACUUCUGCGGCGUGGCCGAGAUGCGCUCGCCGGUGGACUACAACGCCUACGCCGGUGUCUGGUCUCAGGACAAGUGGAAGGGCAAGUUCGAGGUCAAGUGGGCCUUCAUCAAGGACGUACCCAACAACCAAUUGCGACACAUCCGGCUGGAGAACAAUGACAACAAGCCGGUGACCAACUCUAGGGACACUCAGGAGGUGCCCCUGGAGAAGGCCAAGCAAGUGCUUAAAAUUAUCGCCACUUACAAGCAUACCACCUCAAUCUUUGAUGACUUUGCACAUUACGAGAAGCGCCAGGAAGAAGAGGAGGCCAUGCGGAAGGAACGUGGUCGAAAUAAAUCCUAACCGCUGAGCAAAAAAAAAACCCAGACAUGCGGCAUUGACGUUGGACCUUCAAAACAACGACAAGUGCGGCAAAAGUCGCUUCGCCGCGAGGAUGACGACAAACGCUCGACGUGUAUGUGUCUCCAUUUUCAAAGUCGGCUGCUUUGAAAGCACUUUCAUCCCACCCCCCCACUGUUUUUAACUUAGUUUGCAACUAACUGACUAAUCUACUUAGACACCAUCUUGUUUUCAUUUUUUAUUUGUAAUCAUGUUUAUCCUCUCUUGUUUGGAAUCAGUAUUCUGGUGAGUUAAUUCAUUGGGGAAACACAAUCACACCAAUCAGAGGAUGUAUUAACAACAUGCAUACCAAAAGAAUGCAACGGCAGGCUCAUCUUUUCUUUCUAUUUUUCUUUCUUGUGAUUCUCAAGUGCUUUCUGUCUGAGGAGAAUGUGGCCGACCUCACUAGCGACAAUAAAGAAAUGAGCCGUGUUUAGCGAAAAAAACAACAACAA